AUGUUUGGGGGCCGCAGCGCCUGGUUCUCGCAGAGCGUCCACCCAGAGCUCUGCCGCCUUUGGGCUGGUGAAGGAGGGGUGAUUGUGAAUCUGGAAGCUGCUGAUUACCUCUUCAGCAGUGAUGCUUCUCACCCAGAUACAAAAAGAAUACACCAAAGUUUAGACUAUCUAGAAGACCGAAUCACGGUUUUUCAUUCCUGUUUUCUUACCGCAAGUAUCAACGCUGAAAUAAAAAACACCGUACCUCUAGGACAUUUCCUUCUCCCACCAGCCAGCUUGCAAGAAGAAAUUAGAAAAAAAAUUGGCAACUUUAUAUGGGAACAGAUAACCAGUCCACUAGAACUACAG